AUUCUGUUCUAACGGAUGAAUACAUACAUACGUAGGCAAAGGCCAAACAAUCAUUAAGACUUCUCGUGUCACUCCCUCCACAUCGUUCGCAAAAUAAAACACACACACAAGCGACAAAAUUCUAGCGUUUGCAUAACGAGACAAGUGAAUCAGAGUCGACACACGAACCCAAACCAUCAUUCCCAGCAAACAAGAUGUUACGAUUGAUGCGUUCUCCAGCCAUCGGCUCCUCCAUGCCGCAAAGCAUUGCUCAAACCUAUGUACGCAGUUUGGGCAGCGUUGUUGCACAACCCAAGCUGAAGGAUGUCGGUGUUAUGAAUGAGCCCAUAUUGAGUUAUCGAAAAAACUCCGAGGAACGCAAAGCCUUGCAACAGGCACUGAAGAGUACUGCCGCCAAAUGUGAGGAGGUGCCCAUUGUCAUUGGCGGCAAGGAGUACAAAACGGACAAGGUGAUGCAUCAGGUGAUGCCACACAAUCAUGCGCACAAACUGGCGCAGUUCUACUAUGCCGAUAAGAAACUAUUGGAGAAGGCCAUCAAAACGGCCGUGGAGACGCAGACAAAAUGGGACCGAGUACCGCUGGAGGAUCGCUUACAGAUUUGGGAACGUGCCGCUGACUUAAUGGCGGGCAAAUAUCGUCAGGAGUUGAAUGCAGCCACCAUGUUGGGUCAGGCUAAGACGGCCAUUCAAGCGGAAAUCGAUUCGUCCGCUGAGCUCAUCGAUUUUAUACGCAUUCACGCCUAUUUUCUCAAGGAGUGCGUCAAAUACGAGCCCAUCAGCGAGAACAUAAAGGUCACGAAGAACUCGAUGCGUUAUCGUGGCAUUGAUGGAUUUAUAGCCGCCGUCAGUCCAUUCAACUUUACCGCCAUUGGUGGCAACUUGGCCUACACGCCCGCAUUGAUGGGCAAUGCUGUGCUGUGGAAGCCCUCGGACACGGCUCUACUGUCCAAUUGGCGGAUUUUCAACAUUAUGCGCGAGGCUGGUGUGCCCGAUGGUGUCGUGAACUUUGUGCCUGCAGAUGGCCCAGUGUUUGGUGACACAAUAACCGCCUCGCCUCACUUGGCGGGCAUCAAUUUCACCGGCUCUGUGCCCACAUUCAAUCGACUGUGGAAGCAAGUGGGCAAUAAUCUGGAUACAUAUGUUAACUUCCCGCGCCUCAUUGGCGAAUGUGGCGGCAAAAAUUUCCACUUUGUGCACGCGUCAGCGGAUGUUGAGUCCGUGGUCACCUCGACAAUACGCUCAGCCUUUGAGUACAGCGGCCAGAAGUGUUCGGCAUGUUCCCGCAUGUAUGUGCCCGAGUCGCUGUGGCCACAGAUCAAGGCUGGAUUGCUGAGCGAAGUGGGCAAACUAAAGAUUGAUGAUGUGCAGGACAUGAGCACUUUCACAUCGGCUGUUAUCGAUGACAAAGCAUUUAAACGCAUUACCAGCUACAUUGAGCAUGCCAAAAAGAGUCCCAAUUUGGAGAUUCUUGCUGGCGGCACGUAUUCCGAUAGCAAGGGCUACUUUAUAAAUCCAACCAUAGUGCAAAGCAAAGAUCCCAAAGAUCGCAUUAUGACUGAGGAAAUCUUUGGACCCGUGGUUACUAUUUACGUAUAUAAGGAUUCAGAUCUGCAGGAGACCAUGAAACUGGUGCAUACCUCAACACCAUUCGCUCUGACCGGCGCAGUCUUUGGACAGGAUGAAGAUUUUAUCAGAUGCGCUCUGGAAGAAUUCAAAAUAGCAGCUGGCAAUUUCUAUAUCAAUGACAAGUGCACGGGAUCUGUGGUGGGACAACAGCCAUUUGGAGGCGGCCGCAAGUCGGGCACCAAUGACAAGGCAGGUGGGCCACAUUAUAUACUGCGCUGGUCAUCCCCGCAGUCGAUUAAGGAGACGUUUGUGCCCUUGCGUGACAUUAACUAUCCCUACAUGUCCGAAUAGGAGUGAACGAGAAAGAAUUACAAAAACAAAAGCAAAAGCAAAAACAAAAACAGGAAUCUCAUAUAAACUACUAACUCAUAUAUAUGCUUUAUAUAAAGGGAUUGUAUAUGUAUUUUGUUGAUAUAUUUUUAAAACACGCACCUUCAUCCCACUAUGCCCUUGUAUAACCAAUACAUUUGUAUGUAGUUAAAUGUUAUAUCGAAUCUCUGCUGUAUUUUUAUCGCCUCGAACAAGCAAAUGCCCGAUGAAGUUGUAAAUUGAUAUGCUGAUUACAUUUUAAAACCUCACACUACACACAAAUAAAAUGUAGCUCGAAUAUUAUAAUACCUACUAAAUUAUAUAAAGUAAAGUUUUACAACCAAUUGUGAUUAUUUAAUUAUAUAAUUUAUAAUUAUUUUCCGUUAUUCUGCUUUGCCGUCAUGGCCAACGCAAUAAAGUUACACCUAGUUACUAUUGCUAUAAACUAUAUAUGCAGAUAUAUGUAUAUAAAUGGCAACGUUCGCAUACCCUAAACAUACAAGCAAACAACUUGACAAUACAUUUUCAAUACUAAAUGUGAAUAUAAUACGGAAAAUGAAACAUAUGAACAAAAUCGAUACGAAGUUACGAUAAACACAAUAUUGAAAUUCAGUAAAAUAAAAUGAUAAAUUCAAAAUUAA